GCACCUUUUAGGCAGCGCGCUAAAAUAAUUUACGGGGGGUGAGGUAAGGUAAGAUCGCCUUUUCGCUGAACGACCAGCAAUAGAAUAUUGAAACCGCGUCACUGCCACCACGCUGCUCAGUAAUUCAGCUUUGGUCCAUCACACUCAUUUUCAAUCCGACUUUUAACAAUGCUCGACAAGCUCGUUGGUCUUAGCAUGCUUAUCGCUGCUUCUGUCGUCUUCCUCUACUACACAAUAUGGACGCUUCUCAUGCCCUUCGUUGAUGCAGACCACCCUCUUCAGAACAUCUUCCCGCCACGAGUCUGGGCCAUUCGAAUUCCUGUCAUUCUUAUCCUCUUGGGAUCGGCUGUCGUUGGAUCUUUCCUGAGUAUGGUCAUGAUCCGAAGCAACAGGAAAAGAGCAGCCAAGGCAAAGGCUGCUGGGAAGAAGAAGGCGUGAUGUCUAUCAUCUGGGACCGGUUCUGGCAGGAAUGGAGACGUUUGCCAAGUCGACAAUCGGCAUUGACACAAUAUACUUGUUUGCUUAAGGGCUUGGACGGAUCGUGGCCAUGCGAACAGCGGGGCGCAGCUAUAGGAUGGUGGGAAUGGAUCGUGGCCAUAAAGGCAACACAUGUACGAAGCACGAAGUAAUACAACAUGUCUUUCACAGCUGGGAUCUGGGAGUUUGAAGCCAUGCAGGCUUUUAUUGUGGCCAAUACACGCUCAGUUGAAAAGAUAGACAGCCAGGUGGGGGUUAUUAUUCUUGUACGACAAGUUAACUGUACCUCUCUCUGUACCUCUCUCCGUACCUGACAUUGGAGCUCCCUGUAGACCUACGAUAAAUAUAAAUACCGGGUCCCGACU